GAGGAGGAGAGAAGCCCAGAGGAAGCGGAGGAGGGAGGAGGAGGAGGCUUGACAAUGGCCUCCAGGAAGGCGGGCACCCGGCUCGAGUUGGAGAUAGAGCGCUGCCGUGGCGAGUGUCAGUGGGACAGGAUCCCAGAGCUCGUCAAACAGUUCUCAGGGAAACUCAUCGCGUCUGACGAUGCAGUCGAACUCUUUCUCGGGGAGGCCCUGCUGGAGCAGCAUCUCAAAGAGUUCCCGCUCAAGGCUGGGUCCUCGCCCAGGGCUUCAGGGGCCAAGCUCACGGAGGCCAAGAAACAUCUCACAGAUGUCCUUAACAAGGGCAAUCUGAAGCCCGAGAUGACACAGGAGGCAAUGAUCAUCCUGGGCAAGCUGUUGUACCUGGAGGGCUCUUACAAGGAUGCGCUUGGUAUGUACGUGCGCGCUGGCCUGGACGACCUCACCCUCAUCGGCACGCCCGUCUACAAGAUCCGCAUCAUUGCCGAGGCCUACGCCAUUCGAGGGCUGUGCCUGGAGCAGCAGCCGCUAGCGUCGCCAUCACGGAGCCGGCAGAGCGACCGCGAGGAGGAAAUCCUCACGUGCUACGAGAAGGCGGGCGACAUCGCACUGCUCUACCUGCAGGAGGCCGAGCGGGCGAUUACAAACGCGCAGAAUCGCAGCCCAAAGCCGCCGUGUAUGUCGGCUCCGGAGCAGGAGAUGGGCUACUUCCUGGAGGUCGGCCUGCAGAGCGCGCACGUGCUCAGCAUCCGCAACGGGACUUCACAGUGGGACAAGUCUGAGAUAGCAAAUCUCACCCGAGGAGUUGGCAGAUUCCGUGAAAUCCUCAGAGCUGUGGAGACACGGACCACGCAGAACCUGCGAAUGACGAUCGCGCGGCAACUGGCGGAGAUCCUGCUGCGGGGCAUGUGCGAGCAGAGCUACUGGAACCCCUUGCAGGACCCCCCGCAGACCCCGCACGGCACGGCCGACCCCCUGCAGCCGCCGCGGGCGCCGCUCGCCAAGGCCUACUCGCCGAGUCGUGGGCCCCGCACCUACGCGGGCGACAACCUCUUCUGCCCUCAAGAGAACACAGAGGAAGCCCUGCUACUGCUGCUGAUCAGCGAGUCUAUGGCGAAUCGCGACGGGGUGCUGAGCCGCACGCCAGAGCACAACAACGACCGGGUGCUGAGUCUGCAGAACGCCACGGUGGUGUACGACCUGCUCACCAUCGCCCUCGGCCGACGCGGCCAGUACGACAUGCUGGCCGAGUGCCUGGAGCGAGCCAUGAAGUUUGCCUUCGAGGAGUUCCACCUUUGGUACCAGUUUGCUCUGUCACUGGCUGCUGCUGGCAAGUCUGCCCGGGCGGUGAAGGUGCUCAAGGAAUGCAUGAAGCUGUCGCCGGAGGAGCCCAGCAUCCCGCUGAUGGCUGCAAAGCUGUGCAUGGGCCCUCUGCACUGGCUGGAGGAGGGAGAGUUUUUUGCGAAAGCAGUCGUAGACAUGGAGGAGCGGGCGGGCGAGUUUCAAGCCAAGGGCUUCCUGGCGCUGGGCCUCAUUUACAGCCUCCAGGCGACGGACGCGACAUUGCGAGCUACCCGCGAGGAGCUUCAAAGGAAAGCGUUGACGGCCUUCCAAAGGGCCUAUAACCUGGCCCCUGAUGACCAUCAGACGUCCUUCUACCUGGCUCUCCAGCUGGCCAUAUCCAGACAGAUCCCGGAGGCGCUGGGCUACGUCCGGCAGGCACUGCAGCUGCAGGGCGACGACCUCAACUCGCUGCACCUGCUGUCCCUGCUCCUGUCGGCGCAGAAGCACCACCAGGAUGCGCUCAACAUCCUCGACAUGGCCCUCAGCGAAUACCCCGAGAGUUUCAGCCUGCUGUUCACCAAGGUGAAGCUGGAGACCCUGUGCAAGGGACCGGACGAGGCGCUGCUGACCUGCAAGCACAUGCUGCAGAUAUGGAAGGCUUGCUACAGCCUCACCAACCCCAGCGAUUCUGGGAGAGGAAGCAGCUUGCUGGACAGAGCGAUGGCUGACAAGCGACACCUCCAGUAUAUGCAUCUACCAGACUUCAGCGACCCAGAGACCGGCACCCUGCCAGACGCUUACUCUCAUGGUUUUCUCUCCCUGUUUUCGGUUUGUUCGGUGCACGCGACGUCGGUGGCCGCAUCGCGAGUGGAGCAGGCGCUGUCCGAGGUGGCGUCCUCCCUGCAGAGCAGCACGCCCAAGCAGGGGCCCAUGCACCCAUGGAUGAUCCUCACCCAGAUUUGGCUGCAUGCUGCGGAGGUGUACGUGGGCAUCGGCAAGCCGUCGGAGGCGCUGGCGUGCGCGCAGGAGGCGGCCGGCCUCUUCCCGAUGUCGCACCACGUGCUCUUCCUCAAGGGCCAGGUGGCGGAGCUCCGCGGGAGCCUGGAGGAGGCCAAGCGCUGGUACGACGAGGCCCUGGCCAUCAGCCCCACGCACGUGCGCACCAUGCAGAAACUGGGUCUGGUGCUGCAGAGGCUGGGGCGCGGCGGGCUGGCGGAGAAAGUUCUGCGCGACGCCGUGCGCGUCAACUCGACGGCGCACGAGGCCUGGAACAGCCUGGGCGAGGUGCUGCAGGCGCAGGGCAACAGCCAGGGCGCCACCGAGUGUCUGCUCGCCGCCCUGGAGCUUGAGGCCACCAGCCCCGCCGUGCCUUUCACGGUCAUCCCGCGCAGCCUGUGAGGAGAGGCUGUGUCGCCAAACGCUCCCCGCCCACAGCAACUCAGCCUGCUCUCCCCCUGCUCCCCAUCUUCCCCACUUCCAGGCUGCUGCUCCGUAAUAUCCUUGAAAGCAGAUUUUAGCAUCCGCGCGUCCACGCUUGGUUAUGUUUUUUUCCCGCUCCAGUAAAAUAAAAAACGUUGCACUGAAAAUGAUCUUUUACGCCGGGAAGAAAUACGAAUGUAGAAGAAGACGGUCAACCUUCGACAGGACUUGGAUUAGCAGAUUUCGUCUUGACGAAGGGACGACAGACCGCGGUGACGUAAGGUUGACCAAUUUGUGUUUCAAUAUUGUGACGUCAAAGUCAUUUCCCUCGUGUGCCCCGCUGAGUGCGCUUUCCGACACACACUCUCAGUGGGAGACUGUGUGUCUUAAAUAAACGCAGGUGAGGCGUUGUAGCGACCAAGCUCUUUGUUGUUUAUAAAAAUAGCUGGUGGACCAUAGAAGCGGUAUCUCGACAGGUGAGCUAACGUUCUGAAUACACCACACAAAUACUCGAAUCGUGGGGAGGCUUGGCAGGAGAAGGCUUAUGGUUGAGUAUACAGUCCUGAUCACUUUCAGCUAUUGUGUAUAUUUUUUUUUGGGCCCAGUAAACCUACGCACAGGUGGCAAGGACAGGUGAGAUUUGUCUUCGAUUCCACCCUGGCCAGUGCCACCGUAACCUCCUGCUCGAGGCAUCCAAAGGGGGCUCUCCACCCCAGUGUGGUUGUCCGUUGGUUGACGUUGCCGGAGAGAGCCUCCAGUAUUUCCCGCACGAGCUCUCCCUAAUAGACGGCAGGAAUUAGCACCACGAAAGAUGCUCUGAAGGUGGAUCCACAUUACCUGAGAGAGGAUGCUGGAGAACGGUUUAGCCAUUUCUCUGCCCUCGCCUGAGCUUGAGGUACCAUCUUCUCUGUUGGGGCAUUGAUCAUGCUGGAGUAGUUGACUGGUGAAGAGUUUUUUUUAUAUAUUUGUUUCGUUUCUGGCUGCUGUGUAUUCUAGGCUUUUGGGCCUGUAUUCAGCGACUGCGAUAACAGAACAACCAAAGUAGUCCGUGCUUCGUAAUACGACUCACUUUACUAAUCCUCCAGCCCUGUGUUUUGGAUCUGCUCUCAACUUCUUUCAAAGCUAUUGGAGAUGGGAUCGUAGCGUUUCGGAUGCUUAGUUUCGGAAAAUUCACUUCGCUAAGUACCUCGAAGAUGCUCGGCGAUAAACGUGCCACUCACGUGCGCGCGCACGAUGGUGCGAUGACAAAGGCGUCUCAUUGAACCUGUUGCUUUUAGUCUGACGUACCCCUUCUAGGACCGAUGGCGCACUAAUUGCCGCACAAUGACGGUCGGAAGGGGGGGUGGCGGGGGGGGGAAUCGCCCAAUUGCCCCUGGAGGUGUUGGCUUUCUCUAUCGGUGGCGUCUCGCUCCAGGGUGAGCUUCCUUCGCUUUCUACUGUGACAGUGAAAAGUGAGCAUGGUGGGGGGGGAAGGGGGUCACGCACGUGCCGUUUACGAACGCCGCCUGCGCCGGCACAAGCGAGCACUUGCGCUCUCCUCGCGCAAUCGCCCGUCCCCAAGGGCGGCUCACCUUAUACGAGCCCAGACCCCCCCCACCCCCCACUACACCACUGCUGCCCCCCCAACCUCACCCCGACCCUGAUCAGUUACACUCUGUCUACCACUUCAGUGUUCUCCAAGCUAAGGACUGCCUGCCAGUGUGACGUGUCCGGUUCACUUAUUCCACCGUGUUAAAGCUGUUAGACGCUUGGACGUGCCGAGUCGCGUGCAAAUUGAAUGAUUUAAAGUCUGUCAUCCGUCUGCUGUGGUGGUGGUGGUGGUGUUCUAUGGCGAUUCGGCACAAGCGGGUUUUUUUUAUUUCCAUAAAGCAGGGAUCUGUGCUAGCGCUAAACCUUAAUGCGUUGUCGUGAAUAUCCGACAUGAGCUUUUUGAAGAUCUAAUCGCUCAUUGCCUGUUUUUGCUUUUCAGGAUUUAAUUGUAUAUUUGGCACUGCCGCAAGUGGGCAAAUGUAACUUUAAAGUUUCGUGUUGAAUUUUGUUAAAUUAAAGUAUAUGGAACCUGUAUAUAGUGGAGGCUAAAGAGAUAGUCACACUGGGUUUUUGUACUUUCCGUAGUCUUUUAUGUUCUAUAUAUUUGUGAAGUCUACAAAACACUUACAAUUAUCCAUCCUUGAACAGAAAAGAGAAUCCCUGUGUGUUUUAAAUUGAAAGCAAAAGUUAAUGUAUUUAAUUUCUUGAUUGCGAUCAAAAUAAACUUUAACCUAACAAAUGUUA